AUGGGAGAUCUUCCUACCGCAAGAGUAAUUCCAGCUCGACCAUUCACUACCAGUGGCGUUGACUAUUGUGGCCCCUUUGACAUGAAAGUUGUCAAUCUUCGCGGAAUGCGUCAUAUCAAAACCUACAUCAGUGUUUUUGUUUGUUUUGUGACAAAGGCAGUGCACUUAGAAGUUGUAGAAGAUUUAACAACUGAGGGAUUCAUCGCUGCACUCACACGAUUCAUCUCCCGAAGAGGAUUCUGUAAAGAUAUCUAUUCCGACUGUGGCACGAACUUCGUAGGCGCUGAUUCUGCACUGCGCCGAACAAUCAAAAACACCCUGCACACCAAAGAAUCUGAAGAACAACUAUUGCAUUUCACUUCAUCCAGGAAAAUAAAUUUCCAUUUCAAUCCUCCUGCUUCGCCCCAUCAAGGUGGUCUAUGGGAAGCAGCAGUGAAAAGUUUCAAAUACCAUCUGCGCCGUGUCAUGGGUGAACACAUUCUUACUCUCCUAGAAUUCAUGACUCUGACUACACAAAUAGAGGCAAUCCUCAAUUCCCGUCCCUUGACACCAUUAUCUAACGACCCUAAUGACUGUUCAGCACUCACUCCAGGACAUUUCCUCAUAGGAUCUCCGCUGGCAUCAAUUCCAGAAGAAGACCAUGCUGAUAUUCCACUAACUCAGCUCAAAAGAUGGCACCUAGUACAAGCUCUCCACCAAAGGAUUUGGAAGCGCUGGCAACUAGAGUACCUUCAUACACUCCAGCAACGAUCCAAAUGGAGUCAUAAAACAGAAAACAUAAAAGUUGGAGAUCUAGUCUUGAUUCACUCUUCAUUGCCUCCUUUGUCCUGGCCCUUAGCCCGUGUCACACAGUUGCAUCCUGGCACAGAUGGACAAGUCAGAGUUGUUGAUCUGAAGACUCAACACGGUUACCUUACUAGACCAGUUGUUAAAGUGUUCCCUCUCCCUCAAAACUAA